CUAUCCACACAGACGAUCUUUGGUUCCACCAGCAGGAACAUGGCAGACUCGGCGGCUAAAAGACAAACAGACAGCGGACCUGAUGAUUUAAACGUGGAAGUAAAGAAGCUGAAACCUGACCAUGAAAACGGCCGACAGGAAGCUGAAAGUGAAAAUAUUCUGUCUGCUUUUAAAACGUCCGCCGUGUUGAAUGACUCCGCCCGAGAGAAAACCAUCUUCAUCCACGGAAAGGUGACUGAUCAGGAUGCUGUGGUGAUCCUGGAGAAGACUCCCAUCAGACAGGACUCUCUGGAUGAGCUCUUUAGUGGCUCCUCACUCAAGCUGGAGAUGAGAAACGACAUCUACAGCACGUAUCGGCUGCAGGCCCCCCCUCACCUUAAUGAGAUUAAGACCACAGUCGUCUGUCCGGCUACAGAGAAACAUGUGAAGAAAUACCAGCGUCAGGAGAGUUUCCUGGUGGAGGAAACAGCAGAAGACUAUCAGUCCAUCACGCUGGCCUACAUCCAGAAACAGAGCUUCAGCAUGCAGUGGGUUUACAACAUCCUGGAGAAGAAGGCCGAGGCCGACAGGAUAGUCUAUGAAGAUCCAGACCCACAGGUUGGAUUUGUCCUCCUUCCUGACUUCAAGUGGGAUCAAAAGCAGGUCGAUGAUUUAUACCUGCUCGCUAUAGUUCAUCAGAGAAACAUCAAGAGUCUCAGAGAUCUGAGGUCAGAACAUCUGCCGCUGCUGCAGAACGUCUUCCAGAAAGGAAAGGAGCAGAUCCUGCAGCGCUACAAGCUUCCAGCCAGUCAGCUGAGGGUCUACCUGCACUACCAGCCCUCCUACUACCACCUGCACGUCCACUUCACCAAGCUGGGCUACGAGGCUCCAGGCUGCGGCGUCGAACGAGCCCACCUCCUCACGGACGUCAUCCAGAACUUGCAGUCUGACCCGCGGUACUACGAGACCCGGACGCUGUGCUUCCCCCUGAGGGCAGAUGAUGGGCUGCUGGGCAAGUUCAAGGAGGCAGGGAAACUGUAACGACUGUAUGUGUAUCAUCUUCCAUUGGGAGGUUUCCAUCCUUUUUUAGAAAGUCAGGUAUCGUCCAAACAUCCAUGAUCUCCUUUGAGACCAGGUUGGUUGUUGUCACAGAACAAACCGUUUUAUAACGGUGUAGCCUUAUCUGUUAGCUUUUAUUGUGAAUUAUUUUGAUAGACUUGGAUGAGUAAUUAGCUCAUGUUUUUCUAAUCAUGUUCAUAUUGAUACAGUUUUUACUAUAAGAUGAAGCGAGAACACAGGAGUCAAUGUGACAAAAUGUGGUGAAAUAUUUUUUGGCAUUUUGUGUUCUAUGUUGUUUUACAUGUUUGACUGAAUGUUGGCAACUGAAUUAAAGUCAUUUUUUCUACUUAA